AUGUAUCCUGCUGAUGUGAGCCAGACAACCCAAGACUCACCCGCACAACCUCAUUUAGCAGCUUAUCCAACAGGUAAGGAAAAUAGAUCAUUUCAAGAGAAAUGGUACGUCGAUCGUCCUUGGCUGGACACACCAACACGAAUUCAACGAGAUUCCUUCACAGUAGGUGGUUUUAAUAACUGGAAGCGUGCUUUGGCACGUGAUAGAGGCUUUGAUAGGCACGUUAAAAGUCAAACACAUAUAAUAUCAUCAGCAAACUUUUUUGAGUAUCAAUCACGUCAAAAAUCGAAUACAACUGUAAUUCAUGUUCUUGAAAAAUCAAGAGCUGAUCAAAUACGUAAUAAUCGUAAUAAAUUAAUCAAUAUUAGUUCAGCAAUUUUACUAUGUGCUAAACAAUUAUUAGCCUUGCAUGGGCAUGAUGAAAGUAUUGAUUCACAUAAUCAUGGUAAUUUGAUCGAAAUAUUAAAGUGGUCUGCUCAAACUGAUCCAUUAGCUAAAGCUGUUUUGAAAGAAAGUGCAGGCAACGCCACGUACUUGUCACAUCAAAUACAAGAUGAAUUAUUACACAUUAUGGCGAAUCAAAUACGUGAUAGUAUUGCUGAAAAACUACAUGGAAAUGUGUACGGGCUAUUAGCUGAUGAAGCAACAGAUGUUAGUCACAAUAAACAAUUAUCUAUUUGUCUUCGUUUAGUUGAUGAUCAAUAUGAAAUAAAAGAAUUCUUUCUGGGAUUUAUUCGUCUUUAUCUAUUUGAUGCCGAUACAUUAGCAAAAGAAAUAACAGUUCUUCAAGAAUUACAAGAUUUAAUAGAUGAUGGAGGUGGUCGUGCAGUUGAUGCUAGGGUAUGCACUGAUCUCGAUAGUGCACAAAAUCUCAUCACAACAAUUUCUGAACGAUUAAAACUUAUGAGAGAUGAAAAUUCAUUCAAAGAUUUGUUUCAUCGAGCAAUAACAUUUGGAAAUGAAAAUGAUGUUAAUAUGAAUGGAUCUAUUCGAAUGAGACGUCAAAAAACAAUUUCUACACGUUUUAAAAACUGUGUUGUUACGUCAUCGGUUGGGCAUCGAGAUUAUAAUACCAGUGAAGAAAAUUUUCGAGUAACUAUGUACUUUCCAACAAUUGAUUCUAUAUUGAUUGAAUUGAAUGAACGAUUCUCUUGUCAUAAUUUACAAAUAGCAAAUAGCAUUUCAUCGUUGUCACCCAUGAAUGAAAAAUUUUUAGAUACUGAAAUGUUACAACCAUUAAUUGAUCAUUUACGAUUGGAAAAAAAUAUGAUAAUAAAUGAAAUUUCUGUUAUAAAACCUAUGAUUAAAAAUACUAAAUUAUCAACGACAUUGGAUUUACUCAAUGAAUUAAAGUCAAUGGAACAAGCAUUUCCUUCAGCUGUUGUUUUAAUCAAAGGAGCUGUCACAUUUCCUGUGUCAUCUGUCGCUUGCGAACCAUCCUUCUCUAAGAUGAAAUUAAUCAAAAAUUAUGCUCGAAAUUCGAUGAGUGAUGAAAGGCUUAGUGAUCUUAGUGUGUUGGCUAUUGAAAAAGAAUUCGAAAUAGAUAUUGAAAAAGUUGUUGAUGUAUUUGCCAAGAAACACAAAAAAUAG